AUGUCUUCUUCCAUUGCCCGAAUUCAUAAGCGCCACGUCUACAGCAAAGAUGCGCACACUUACUACCCGGUCCUCAUAGUAGGUGCUGGAGAGUCGGGGGUGGCCAUGGGCUGCCGUCUCAAAGACGUCCUGGGAACAGACCAAUUCCGAAUAUUCGACCGUCAGUCCGGAAUUGGGGGUACCUGGUGGAUCAAUAGGUAUCCGGGAGUUGCUUGUGACAUACCAGCGGCACUCUACUCCUUCUCGUUCGCUCAGAAAAAGGACUGGUCCACACUGAAUCCAUCUGGUCCAGAAAUUGCACAGUAUAUGGCUGAUGUCUGCGAGAGAUAUCAAAUUGUGGACAAGAUUCAGUUGAAUACCGAUGUCAAGGAACUUAGAUGGAUCGAAGAUGACGAAGAAUGGGAGGUUACACUCUCCCACCUUGUCCCUGGAACCGGCGAUUUAGCUCAGCACGAACGAGAUCGAAUCGCAGCCCAGGAUGGCCAUCACAAUAUCUAUGUCAAGACAGAAAUUGUGCGAGCCAAGGUGGUCGUCAGUGGUGUUGGCGGGCUGGUAGAACCAAAGACAUGGCCGAAGGACAUCCCAGGCAUUGAAGAGUUCGAAGGUGAGAUCAUGCAUACAGCUCGCUGGAACGACCAGAUUGAUUUGAAGGGCAAGAAUGUCAUCAUGGUUGGUUCCGGCUGCAGCGCCGCGCAGGUAGUGCCCGAGCUGGCCAAGCCAGAGGCCAACGUUCGAUCCAUUACCCAACUCAUGCGAACUCCUCCGUGGGUCCAGCCUGAUAUAAUCCCUCCUGAACAUCUCCCCUUUUACGAGAAAUGGUCACCUAGAUUGAUGACCUACGUCCCUGGACUGGCGUCGUUCGUGCGAAGGGUUGUUUUCUUCAAGCUGGAGAAAGGCUUUUACGAUAUGUUUGCGGACACUGCAUGGGGUCGACGAGUGCGACCGCAGCUAGAAAAGAAGUUCUUGGACCACAUGCGCCAACUUACGCCGGAGGAAUACCACGAGAUCUUGACACCGAACUACAGCCUAGGCUGCAAGAGACGGAUCAUCGACGGCACUUGGUAUCGCAGUCUCAACGCCCCAAAUGUGGAGCUGACUACCCAGCCUCUGACGAAGGUCAAUGCGAAGAGCGUGACUCUUGGUCUGGGUCGCCACUAUCCACCCCACAAGUCUGAAGAUGCGGUUGAGGUUAGGGAGAUUCCCGCCGAUGUGAUCAUCAUGGCUAACGGGUUCGAAACCAACCAAUGGCUGCACCCACUGAAGGUGAUUGGCAGGGAGGGCAAGGAUCUUGAAGAGGUCUGGGCGGAACGUGGAGGUGCCCAGGCAUACCAGGGCAUCGCAAUGGAUUCUUUCCCGAACUUCUUUAUUCUUUUCGGCCCGAAUACGGCAACAGGGCAUACCAGUGUUAUUUUCGCAACGGAGAAUGCGGUAAACUACUCGUUGAAAUUCAUCAAGCCGAUCUUGAGUGGUCACGUCAGCUCGUAUGAAGUCACGGAGGGUGCUGAGCGUGAAUGGACUCGGCAGGUGCAGGAUGCGCUUCAGAAGAGUGUGUUCCGUCGUGGGGCUUGCUCUAGCUGGUAUAUCACUGCCGAUGGUUGGAAUUCAACCACAUAUCCAUUCACUCAGAUUCACUAUUGGCUGCGUUGCACGUUCCCCGUGUGGCGGCAUUGGACUGCGAAACUCACGAGAAAGGGACGGGUAUUGCGAGAUCUUCGGAAAGCUCUCCAGGGUUCUGUUAUCCUUGGCUUCAUCGCAGGCUUUGGAUUCCUGCGCCAAAAUCCUCAGCAGAAGGCUCAGUUGGUGCAGUCAUUGCUGGCUGGGAAAGAGUGGCUGGUCUCAGCGGUUUGGCAAUUGCGGCGUUGA